AACGGGGUCCUCCCCCAAACAGAACACUUCGCAACUGCAGCCCCAAAUUCCCUCUAGCGCAGCACCUACGGCAGACGAAGGAAGAAGACGACCGAGCUCCUAUCCAACUCCGGCGAAGCUCCAUCUCCAGCCUCCCCACUCCGGAAAACCUCCAUCUUCAUCUUCAACACAAUCUUUACUCCUUAUUCUAGGUAAAUUCAAAUCCAUUUCAUCUAAUUUUGCACCUAGGGUUUAGAAUGUUAAAUUUUUGAAUUUUGGGAUUAUGAAUUGAUUGUGAAUGAAGUUGUUGUGAAAUGUGGAUAUGUAUGAAAUGUUGACAUUUGAUUUUAAAUUAAUUGUAAAAUGUUGUGUGUAUUUUGACAUUUGGGCAUUUGGGUAGAGUUGAAUGUACCUAAAUUUGGGUAUUCAAAGGUAGACAUUGAAUGUAGAUAUCAAAAUUUGGGUAGUUUGUUAUUGAAAUGUGAAUUGUUUGUGAAUUUGGAGUUAAUGAUAUAUUACAAUUUUGGAAGCAAUUUCUAUUAAAAAUGUGAAUGUGUAUAAAGUGUGUAUAUUGAUGCCUACUCAUGAAUGUUGGACAAUGAGUUGUUAUUAGAAUAUGGAUUUCUCAAGCUUCCCACUCGUGUGUCAUUGGGGAGGGAACUAUUAUGAGAAUGGUGGGCAAAUAUGCCAUGAAGGUGGCAGAACGAGCUUUGUCAUGGUUUCUCGUGGCGCUUGCAUGCUCGAGAUCCUUCAAAAAAUACAUGCAGCGACAAUGAUUCAUCCCGGCCGUUCAUUGCGGUUGAAAAUGAAAUUUCCCAUGAACGGGGGAAAGUACAUGCUUAUGCCGCUCAUUGAUGAGCUAGCUAUAACAAAUAUGUGAGGCAUAAUUCAGAUGGAGGAUAUGUCGUCGCUGGAGGUAUACAUUGAGGAAUGCUUUGACGCUAAUGCUACUCAAUCGACAUCAAAUGCUGGUGUAUCUAGGCAUGAUGUCAGUGCAGGGGUGAAUGCAGGGAAGUCGUCAAAGGUUCCUGUACUAGACAUGGUUAUACAGGAGGAUGGCAGGUAUUUGCACAACGGUGCGUCAUUUGUGGAUGGGCAGGGAAGUGAUGAUGAUGCAGACGAGAUUUAAUUGAAAAAAAUAGAGAGAAGGCAAAGCAUCACAUUGUCACUCCAUUUGAUUUAGGGCGAGGUAUAUUUCAGGUGGAGACCGGUUGUGGUGGCCGAACGUUGGGAAAGGGUGGGAGAAAACAAACUGUCCAUCUACAACGGAAAACGUGCACUUGCAAAAAGAUGGAGAUAUACAAGAUUCCUUGCUCCCAUGUAUUAGCCGUGUGUAGACAACGUAGUUUGUCUUAUGCUCCAUUUGUGGAUAAGUUCUUCUCUUCUGACCAAUACGCCGCCACGUAUCAUAGGGUGUUCAAACCGAUUCCUGAUCGUGAUUAUUGGCCCAAUUACAAUGGACCCGAAAUCGUGCACGAUCCAUCCAUGCUUCGGGCAAAGGGAAGACCAAAGUCGACCCGUAUUAAGAAUGAGAUGGAUGAUGGUCCACGAGGAACGGUAAGAUGUGGAAGAUGCCACCAAACCGGCCAUAAUAGAGCGACAUGUGCAAAGAGAUCAUCUAGACAAGAGGGGGGGUCCGCCGGGUAUGGAGGUGAUAGCGGAUCCUGGGCCGAGUGAUCCUUCUGUCCUGACACUGCAGGCCUCACACAGGAGUGAGGAUGUUUGGCUUGGCAUGGAUGUGCAGGUUGAUAGGUGCCGCGAGCAUCUGCGUGGUUUGUCCCAUUUACAUGUCGACCCCAGAGUCCUAG